AGGAGCGAGGAGGCUCUGAUACAGGUGAUGCACUGUCGGUACGGAUCUUUCUCUCACUCUCUCUCUGUCUCUCUCUGUCUCUCUCUCUCCCUCCCUCCCUCUCCCUCUCUCUCUCGUUCCUGUUCCUUCUCACUGUUUUCCAUCAAUUGUACCCAGUGAGGACCAGCCUCCAGUCUCUGCACAGCCGUUGAGAAGCGGUCAGUUCAGGAUUAGCUGUUGUUUUACCGUCCUCUGCGUGUGGAUGCAGAUGUUUUUAGAUGAGAGGUGGGAAAGGGGAAAUUAGGCGCGUCACUUUAAAAACAUCACGCAGGGGAAGCGACCGCCACCUCCAUGCACAAGUGAGCACGGCUAACUACACCUGCUGGACGUCGGAGGAGCCGGAGUGCAUGCCUGCAGCCGCGGGAGAGGAGGAGGAGAGACGAGACGAAGGAGAGCGGGACAAGAGGGGGGCAUGCGAGAGAUCCCUCGAGCGCGCGGACCGGGCAGACGAGUGAGAGUCGACGAGAUGACAGAGAAGAGUGGCGUUUUCUGACCGGGAUUUACAAGCUGAGGGUAAUAACUGGAGGUCACUGAAGAGGAGGCUACUUUGCUGAACUGCUGUCUGCUGAGAGGAUGGGAUGUCCUGUCUCCACACAGCUGCUGUUAGCACUGCUGCUGCUGCUGCUCCAGCUGCCGGGGCACCUGGGGCAGGUCACUCCAUCUCUGGGCACGGGACCGUCCGGCUCCCCGCUGCCCACCUCCCCCAUGUCCUCCACCGGGACAGGGGGAGAUGGUGUGGCUGAGACCGGCUCUCCCUCUAACACCACGGCCGGUCCGAGCCUGGUCACCAGCACCGGGGGUGAGGCGGUGGUGACGGAGGCGGUGGAGGAGGACUGGUCUCCGGCGGAGGCGUACCUUUACAGCGGCGACGCUGCCGCUCUGGGUCUGGCCACCUGCCCGCGGUCGUACCGCCUGUCCCCGCCACGCGGCCGGCCGCCCCCGGACCUGGGCCCGCUGCUGCGGCCCGUCACCACAUCGUUGGCCAACGCCGCCAACUUCCUCAACCUGAUCUUCCAGGCCAGCGAGCUGCGCGAGACCAGCAUCCGCGAGGACCUGGAGUGGUACCACGCACUGGUGCGGUCACUGCUAGAGGGCGACCGGCCGGGCCUGGUGCGCCGCGCGCUGCUCACCUUCGACGCCGACCCGCUCUCCCUGCAGCCCCAGCUGGUCCUCCGCGCCUCCCAGGGGCCCCUGGGCCUCCGUAGCGGCGGUGGCGGCCGCCCCCCCUUCGUCCCCUCCGGUCCGCUGCGGGAGAUCUACCUGCAGGACUUCACGUCCACCUGGGACGACCUCCACCCGGCGCCCCCGGCGCCCGACGACAGCUGGUUCACGGCGCUCAAGUUCGCCGCGCCGCCACAGGUGCUCGCGGGACUCAGCAAACGGGCACUCGUCAACGACCUGACCACCUUGGAGACGCCCAAGUGGGCGCGUGGGGACAGCUAUGUGGCCAACAGCAGCGGCGCGUGCUGGGCCGACGCAGCCUUCCUGGAGUGUGAGGACGGACGCUUCCUGCCCGGCUGGCUGCUGACCCUCACCAUGCCGUUUUACGGCCUCAAGCCUGACCUCAGCCCUGAGUUUAGAGGUGUAAUUCGUGUGGACGUCAACGUUCAGGGCUACGAUAUCGACCAGUGUGCCACGGGGGACGUGUGGUUCGCGGACACUCACCAGUGCAACCGCACCAGCAUGGUGUGUGAGCCCAUACCUGGUCAGGGGUUCCGACUGGGCCAGUACUGCUGCCGCUGUAAAGAGGGAUUCUACAGCCCUGCCCAGGCUGCCCGGGCCACAGGCCCCAAAGGUGGCCAUGCCAACGGUACCCAGGCCUGCUACCCCUCCAUGCCCGUGUGCCUGCCCUGUUGGCCGGGCUGCGCUCACUGCGAGGACGGCUCUCCAUGCCGGGUCCGGGUGGACUGGCUGCUGCGGGGGGCCGUGAUGACGGUGCAGGCACUCUUCAUGGUGCUGAUCUUCCUCAGCAUGCUCAUCACCUACCAGAACCGGGGGAGCAAGAGGAUACGUGCGUCGGGUCUCCUGCUGUUGGAGACGAUCCUGUUUGGGUCCCUGCUGCUCUAUUUCCCAGUCUUCAUCCUGUUCUUCAGGCCCAGCACUUUCCGCUGUAUCCUGCUUCGGUGGGUCCGACUGCUGGGUUUCGCCAUCGUUUACGGCACCAUGACCCUGAAGAUGUACAGGGUUCUGAAGGUGUUCCUGUCGCGCACAGCCCAGAGGGUGCCUUACAUGUCCAGCACCAGCCUGCUGAGACUGCUGGGAGUCAUGGUGGCCACCGUGAGCUGGUUCCUGUGCGCAUGGACCGCCGGUGUCCUGCAGAACCGCGACCGCAACGUCCCGCUCUUGGUCACCUCCACCACAUCGAAUGGCCAGGCCUUCAACCAGUGUGACAUUGACCGCUGGGACUAUAUGAUGGCUUUGGCGGAGCGCCUGUUCCUCUGCUGGGGCCUCUUCCUGUGCAGCGCAGUGAAGCCAGUGCCCUCGGCCUUCCACGAGCCUCGCUACAUGAGCAUCGCCAUCCACAACGAGAUGAUCCUGUCCUGCAUGUUUCAUCUCCUCCGGUUUUCCCAUCACAGUCUCCAUCCAGACUGGACCCUACUGCUUGAGUUCACUCAUACUCACGCCACUAUCACUGUUACAUUGGGACUGCUCUUCGUUCCAAAGUUCCUACAUGUGACCAAACCGGGGCGGGAGGUGAUAGCAGCUGAGGUGUAUGAGGAUGAGGUGGACCUGCGACGUUCCUACCUCAACAGCAGCUUUGUCUCUGCCUGGAGUGAUCAUGUGGAGCAUGAGGACAUCCGGGAUGAGCUGAAAAAGUUGUACUCUCAGCUGGAAAUCCACAAGACCAAAAAGAUGGCGAACAACAACCCCCACAUUUCUAAAAAGCGAAGCUCGCGUCUGGGGAUCGGGCGUUCCAUCAUAAAGCACAUAACCGACUUCCCAGGGACCAUAUCACGGCAGCAUAGCCGAGAGGAUAGAAGUGGAACGCAUUCUCCAUCACCAAGCCUGUUUUCUGCCAGCUCUAAGAAGCCCAGUGAAAUCACCUACAUCACCUACAGGGAGGAUUACUCCAAAGAGCCAUCACCAAACAUUGUACCCAAGUCCCAGACUGCUUUUGACAAUACUCCUUCAAGGACUCCUUCAAGAACUCCUUCAUUUGCUGGGUCUUUAACACCAAUAUUAGUGGACAAGAGGGCCUCCCAGUACUCACAACAUUCACAACAUUCCCAAUACUCACAACUCUCCCAACAUUCACAGUACUCACAAGCGGAGUCUCUGGACGCACCGCCAAUGGUCUGCAAGUCGGCGAGUGCACACAAUCUUUCUGUUGACAAAAACUUCCUUCAUCCCGAUGACAGCAGGCAGAAGAAGUCACUGAGUGCUGUGGUGACUAGCACAGACUAUUACUCCCUGAUGGAAGAAGCCGCACAGAGUGGCCCCACGACUCCAGUACUAAAACACGUUGGCAGCAUAAAAGAGCAGACAUCUCAGGCCCUUCUUGCUGAAUCGUUUGACAAAGCUGAAGUCUGCCCUUGGGAAGUUGAGGAAGAGAGGCGACCGAGCAAGAAACAUGUUACUAUCUCUAUAGCUAACGAUAAGAAUGAGGAAGAUGCGCCCGCCGAGAAGUCACCCACCUUGAUAAUUUGCCCAUGGGAGAACGUUGAGCAACUGCCUUCGGCCACGAAGCAAAAGAGCAUCGACAGCGUGGACUCAGACGGCGACUCCGUUAGACUGAAGGCUCCAAUCUCCUCGAGUGCUCCAGUGUCGCCAUCGGCAACUGGCAAGGAGAUUCGUGUCUUUUCAUUCCGCCCCACCACCAAAAGCCUCCUCCAUGCUAGGGGCCUAUCGACUGAUAAAACCAAACUCACUGCGACCCUUUCUGUAGAUGUGGCGAAGAAAACCCCGCAGCUCCAGAAAAGGAGCAUGACAACAACAGACCUGAAACCAUUACUUAUGAAGCAGAAUGCAAUAAGACUUUCCUCCACUGAAUCUGCAGACAGGAGCCCUAGGAGAAAGCCUAACCCUGAAGUUCUCGUCUGUCCCUGGGAGUCUGACUUGGAGCUAAACAACACCAAAGGUCCAGAGAGGAUCUAUGAGAAUGUAAUCACACCUCAGAGCAGUUUGAAGAGUAUAGGUUCUGAUGGAAGGGGCAGAUCCAUGCUGCAAGUGCCACCCAGGAGGCAACAAAGCAUAGUGGCUGAUGUUUGUCCCUGGGAGGUGCCAAAACCCCCGGAAGCUAUGGUGUGUCCUUGGGAUGCGCCAGAUGCCACUGUACCUGAGGUUAGAGAAGGUUCCCUCAAGUCAAAUACUGGGGUGCCAAAACCAACUGAGAGAGUGAUUUAUGUCAGUCACUCCGGGGGGACGCCAGAGCCUGGUAGAGCGCCAAAGACACAGGAGACAGUGCCUGCUGAGGUGUGCCCGUGGGAGUCGGGGGAACCUGUGCAAAAGCAAGACAGCGCCAAGGCGAAUGUGUGCCCGUGGGAGUCGGGGGAACCUGUGCAAAAGCAAGACAGCGCCAAGGCGAAUGUGUGCCCGUGGGAGUCGGGGGAACCUGUGCAAAAGCAAGACAGCGCCAAGGCGAAUGUGUGCCCGUGGGAGUGGGAACCUGUGCAAAAGCAAGACAGCGCCAAGGCGAAUGUGUGCCCGUGGGAGUCGGGGGAACCUGUGCAAAAGCAAGACAGCGCCAAGGCGAAUGUGUGCCCGUGGGAGUCAGGGGAACCAGCCGCCGCUGAGGAUAAAAAAACAUCACAGAGUGUAAUUAAGAAAUUCCCACAGCUGACAAAACAGGUGACAGUUAACGUGGAAGCCUGCCCAUGGGAUUCCCCAGAUCAACCUGAACCAGGUAAAAUAAAUAUUUGUCCUUGGGAGGCCGAUAGUCCAAAACCUCCAUUGUCAAAGCAGGCAGCUGUGGUCCAUUCAAGCCAGGAGUCUAUAAAUACGAAAACAGAGCCUAAACAGACUCCAAAACUACAACAGCAACACAGUGUUCAUGCAAAUGUCUGCCCUUGGGAAACAGAAGAAAGCUCAACACCGAAGGACGGAGAAGCAACAAAAGGUCCAGUUAAAGCUGCCCCUAGAAUAUCCCCAACACUGUCCAAGCAUUCAACAAACACAGCCGAAGCAUGUCCUUGGGAUUUCCCUGCACCGCCAGCGGAUGUCUGCCCAUGGGAGGUCGAAAGCGCAGAGCCACAACCUACUCAAACUAAACAGGUGAGUAGGACAUCGUCCAGACAAGGGUCCACCUCAUCUAAAGCUAGCGCUAAGCAAUUCCCAAAACAAGACAGCGUCAGAGGGAAUGUCUGCCCAUGGGAGGUCGAAAGCGCAGAGCCACAACCAACUCAGAUUAAACAGGUGAGUAGGACAUCGUCCAGACAAGGGUCCACCUCAUCUAAAGCUAGCGCUAAGCCAUUCCCGAAACAAGAUAGCGUCAGAGGGAAUGUCUGCCCAUGGGAAUCUCAGGAACCUGAAGGGUCAACACAACAAGAUAGUGCCAAAGCUAACGUCUGUCCAUGGGAAACAGAAAGCACAGAAAAGGGAAGUACAGGUGACAAGCUCAAACAUCAAGGAAGUGUAGCCGCUGACGUCUGUCCGUGGGAAACCGAUACACCAAAAAGGCAAGACAGUGCUCGGGGAAAUGUUUGUCCAUGGGAGACAGGAGGCACUGAGGAAGCGAAGGCAGAUGACAGCACUGCUGCCGCCGGCACCACCGCCGGCCAAGAGAACGCAGAACAAACUGCAGUACCGGCUGCAGAACAAGAAAAUAUACAAUCUCCAACUCUAAGCUCACAAGAGCUGGACUCAGAGAGAUGCAACACGCCCCUGGAGCGUCGCGACGCUCUGUGCCCGUGGUCCACGGAGAGGUCACAACAUGACAACAACUCCGAUGUGUUCACCUGGGAGGAGAACAUUCCAGAGGAGGAUGAGGACCUGGACGCUGAAUGCGCAGCAGAAGCAUUUGUCUUCCCACCUGACUUGGACUAAGAUUUUGCCAUAGCAUUGACUGUAAACCCUUGCCAUCACAAACAGCCUGCCUGCCAGUGAAGCCAAUGAUGAGAGACAUAGAUCACUCAGUUUGUGAUUCAGAGGUCAGGGUUGUGACAGGGUGGCUUAGCCCACCCAUUCACGAACACCAUCAUAAUGGACAUAAUUGGCCAGACGGCUCUCCCAAGUCCCCACACUCCCUCUACCCUUCAACUUCAUAUUAUAUGUAACUUUUAUGUGUGAAGUAGUGUAUCCCACUUUCUUAGCUCAUGUAAUGCUUCAUUAGCCAAAAAUCUAAAUACUUAAACGGAGAUUUCUAAAUAUCCAUUGGUCUGGGGAAGUUGUGCUCAUAGAAUGUGUAUCAUAUUUUUUCUGAUAUGUCACAAUUCCUCAUAAGCUUCUCCUGAAAACAGUUGCUAUUAACAGAUGUUUUUCCAAACCAUUUAAUGAGAGUUGUUCUCAGUGACAUAGCCUACUAUAGAAAAGAAUGCACUGGACAUUCCAUCCUACUGAGGAGUGAAGGCAAAGAUUCUUUAGUUACCAACUUUAUUAGCCGUCUCUGGUGAAGGACUUCUGAAAUAAAUUGUCUUUGUGAUUCCAUGGCAACGAGAGCAUAAAGUGAUUCAAAGCACUGUCUUCAUAUGUUCUGGUCUGUGCAGCCAAAUUCUCCAAAUGCUGAGGUCAAAGUGAGAGGCGUUGAACUCCAAUGAUGACAUUGUCGUGUUUUCAGAGGUCCAUAGACAUCUCAAAAUGUCAGCUGAAUAAUUUCAAUCUUGUAUCUUAGAUACUGUGAGAAUGUAAACUCCUGAAACUGUUUGAUAUGCCCGCAGUUACAAAUUAUAGUACAGAAUUGUUGUCAUGACAAAAAGGUUUGUCAGCAAGGUCCCUGAAAACUGUUUGCAAUGGUCACUAAUGAUAACUUUCAUUAGACCUUCAUGGAAUGGUGCAACAUGCCCAUAUAAGUAUUGCAAUCAAACAAAAUGUUAAAAACAUGAUUUAAUGAUUAUAUGAUUCUAUAAAAAAUAACUCUAAAUAAGGAAUAAACACUAUAAUGUAACUGUCAGUUAUGGGUUUCAAUUAUUUUGAGUAAUCUUUCAGCUAGAUACAUUUGUUCUUAUUGCAAUUUAAAAUUAUAUAUAAAGUACAAAAGUAGAACUGUUUUAAUUUAUAUUUUCAAUGCAAUCUUGGGGAGGGGGGUUCACAUCUGUGCCAUACUGAUAAUUUUGUUAUAGGUUAGUGAGGAUGUUGGGCAUGUAGCGGCCAGGUUAUCCUCUAUGGAACACAGGUGGUCAGUUCUUCUGUAUGUGUAUCAGAUAAGUUGUAUGAAUCCCUUCUUUUAAAUCUCAUAUCCCAAUGAUAUUGUCUUAAUGUCCCGGUGAAUAUUUAAGUAUUUAUUUUAAAAUUCUUACUUUUAAACUUGAGGCUUGUUGUUGCAGAAAUGUUUGCAUGCAGAUAAUAAAACACAUCCUCUUUGCAAUCUUUGUAUUGGAUGGACAGUAAAGUGUAUUCUCCUUUAAUUUCAGUGAACUGAAAUGUUUACCGCAAUUUACUAUUUCACUUGUUGUGUUUUGUGGUCCUUGAAUGGAUGAGGUGUUUUUCGCAUGAACCUUUGUAAGUAAUUCCUUUUUUGUAUGAUACCAUCUGUCGGAUUAAAAGCAGUCAAUGUAAACGUCACAGAGCUCAUCUGACCAUGCCACAGUGAAGAGGUUUGAGGGAUGUUUUAUUUUUGUAUUUCUGAGAUGUUUAUGAAAUAUUCAUGGAGACAAUAAACUUCUCUGAACUGC